AGUGGUAGGGUGUGAUGAGCUUUUGUGAACCACAGCUCACUUCUUCAGAUUCCAAGGCAGCGCACCCUGAAUGCCGGUUGCUGGCGGGAGGAGGGAGACCUGCUGUUGCCAAAAGACGAAGCUGGAAAGGCGGGCCCAGUUUGUUCUGACCCAGUGGAGCGCUCCUAAUGUGCCCGACGGAGAAAGAUGGGGUGUUGCUUCCCCACGCGGCGGCCUGCCCCGGGCAAGAGAUCUGCUGCACCCACCCAAGCCGCUGCUCGGUCCCGCAGGCCCGUUGCUCUCCUGGGCCGGCGCCGCCCCUCCUCCGGCCCUCCCCUCGCUGCGGGGGGCUCUGCCCGCCCCCGCCAGCCUCUGAGUCACUAAUUGCGAGCAGAUGCCGCCGGGUGGGACGGCGCGGCGCGGCCCGGAGCUUCCUCUGCCUGCUCGCUCGGCUGCCGGAGAAGAUAUGAAGGCCUGAGACCUCUGCGGCCAACCUCAAGACCUUGUCAUGAGUCUCCUUGCGCCGGUCAGGAGGGACCGUGUCAUCGCGGAGUUACCACCAUGCUUUACCAAAGAGGCAGCCCUGCAUUCCAGAACUUCCUUUCACCCCAAAGUGGUUGGGAUGUGUCAGGCACAGCGCACCGGCACUGUGGGGUUUAAAAUAUCCAAGAUCAUUGUGGUGGGCGACCUCUCAGUGGGCAAGACAUGUUUAAUCAACAGAUUUUGCAAAGACACCUUCGACAAAAACUACAAGGCCACCAUUGGAGUGGACUUUGAGAUGGAGCGCUUUGAGGUGCUGGGUGUCCCCUUCAGUUUGCAGCUGUGGGACACUGCUGGCCAGGAGCGCUUCAAGUGCAUUGCGUCCACCUACUACCGAGGAGCACAAGCCAUCAUUCUUGUAUUUGACGUGAACGAUGUGACGUCUCUUGACCAUACCAGGCAGUGGCUGGCAGAUGCCUUGAAAGAGAACGACCCUGCCGGCGUCAUCCUCUUCUUAGUGGGCACCAAGAAGGAUCUCAGUUCACCUGCGCAGUACAACCUCAUUGAGAAGGACGCCCUUAAGGUGGCAAAAGAGAUGCAGGCGGAAUAUUGGGCUGUUUCGUCGCUCACAGGUGAGAAUGUGCGGGAGUUUUUCUUCCGGGUGGCAGCACAGACCUUUGAGGGCAGUGUGAUGGCAGAGCUGGAGAAGAGCAGCGCUCGCCGCAUUGGCGACAUUGUGCGGAUCGCUAGCGACGAACGGGACUUGUACCUGACCGAGAAGCGACGGCGUGCCAAAUGCUGCCAAUGAAGGAAGCCACCUGGACCCCAACGUCUGCCGCCUCUUCACACUGAACUUGUUUUGAUACCAAAGGACAGCAACCCCCGCCCAGUCCCCGCUCCCAAGCUAGGCAGCCCCACAUUUCUGCGGUUGGCAACCAGCAGGCAGGCAAGGGAUGCGUUCCUGUGGGAGAAGCUCUGCCCAGCCUCCGUUUUGCUCUUGGGCCACUGAGAAAGCUUCCAGACCCCGUUGCCUGUUGCUCCCUCCCUGGCUCCAGCAGUCUGAGGAUGGGAGGUGUCCUGGCCAGUUUCUCCUCCCUGGGCCUGUUUGUAGAUCACAGCAGUUUUUCAGCCCAGGGUCUCUCUGGAGCCAGAAUCAGCUCGUCCAACCCCCUGGCCUCAGCCUCGACUCCUGCCUGUUGAUGAUGUUGGCUCCUGACCCAGCCCGAGGCUCUCUAUUUCCAGCAAGCCAAGGACAAGAGCAUCGCACCCUGCUAGGCCAUAAAGAUCAGGAACCCCAAGAGCUCCUACCAGCUCCAGUAUGACAACUGCCCUGGUACCAUGUGUUGGAGGGCCAGGGUUUUCCUGCCAUGGCCUCUGGGAGAGACUGUCAGCUGUGGCACUGGCAGCCUCCCCCAAGGGAACACUGAGUGCCCUCAGCUGUCAGGGGGGCACAGCCAAGGUGAGGGAGUGAUGUCUCAUCCCAAGGCGCCAGCAGCAGGAGUCCCCUAUCACCCAUUCCUCCAAAUACAACAGCAUUAGAGAACAAGUAUUCAACCAUCACAGCCAGCACUUUAUAACAUUCCUGAUGAUGAUAAUAAUUGCAAGAACAAA